AUGACUUCGGAUUCGAUCAAGAAUGAUCCUUUUCUCCAGUCAUGGGAACUCCCGGAUAAACUGCCGUACAAACCAGACGACAAAAUUUUCUUUUCAAAAGAAGCAAAUAACGCACUAGCGGAAAAACUGAUGCUACGAAAACGUCCGGUCGACCUUCGCUUCACUCAGACUAAUCGAGUGAAACAAUGCUAUACGAAUUUCAUUGACUAUCACCGGUGUCUGACUGUGCGAGAGGAAGACAACGAGGUCUGUCAAUUCUUCAAACAGCAGUACAACGACUGCUGUCCGAACGAAUGGAUCGAUAAAUGGAACCAGUGGAUUAAGGAAGGUCGAUUUCCUGCAAGCUUAUGA